UCCUCCCCUCUCACAGAGCCGGAGCUCCGGGUAACAAAGGGGAGACGUUCGGGGCAGGAGGGGGAUGAUGGCAGCUCCGCUCAGACUCAAACAAUGAGACACUCACCGCGUCCCCUUCGUCUCGUGCAUCAUUUUAACAUUCAGGCAUAAACUUGCUGUGACGUCGCUGGCAGAUUCGAACCCGCAGCUUUCUGUCUUGGAGACACUAAACUACACAAUGUGGUACCGCGGACACUAGAGCCGAAUAACUGAGGAGACACCAGCGGACAUGUCCGAAUAACACCGGUGGCGAUGACACUCACACUGACCUUUGCCCUAGAAGCCUGACCUGUGAUUGGUCAGGGCUGAGUGAAACACACCGGUGAGAGAAGACCCCCCCCCUCCAGCCACGAUGUCUGUCCAGGAAGUGUCCCGGAGUCAGACGCUGCCUCCAGCUCUCAAACCCGAGGCCAAGCAAAGGCCGGAGAUCCCCCCCAAGCCCUCAUCUCAAACCGACUCCCCCCCUCCGGGAGACAGAGGUGACGGUACGAGCAUCUCCUCCGGGAAAGUCAAAAGGAUUGUACACAAGUUCAGCAGGCAGGACUCUGAGUCAGAGGAAGCAGAAGAGCGACCCAACGGUACCUCGGAGUUCACACCGAUCAAGCGGCUCAAGAGGCCGCCGACAAUAAAGCCCAAACCCGGCCGCUGCAGCCUGCAGCUUCCGAUAAAGGCGGAGCAGGCUCCUCCGCUCCCCAUGAAGAGGAGUCGCAUCCUGAAGAAACCGACGAAGAGCGUGGGAGGAGACGAGGGCGUCGGCGUGGAGGGAGGCCGAUCAGCGCCUGAUGGAAAGGAGGUGGAUCUGCAGCUGAUUGGAGGAGGUGACGCGGAGGCUGCGCACGGCCCGGACACGCCCCUCAGUCCCGGCUGUGACCCGGGCUGCGGCUGCGUGUGCCACCGCCAGCGGCCUGGCAUGAAACUGAUAUGGGUGCCGGUGGAAGUGGAUGAUGGUGAGGAGGAGGAGGAGGAGGAGGAGGUCGGAGGCGAGGAGGAGGAUGAGACUGAUGUGGAGGAGCAGACGGGGGAGGAGGGGGAGGAGUAUGAGGAGAUAGAGCUGGACAGGGACGGUCAGGACGAGGACGCGUUUUCGGAGCCCGAUGAGACAGACAUGCCAAACAUGAAACAAGAGAAGUCGAAGUUCAACCACUCUCUGGACAUUUUGAUCGGCGAUGGUUUCAGGCGGCGGUCGGACCCCGGGCCCCCCAUUGUCCUCGCCUCUCUCGCUGUCACUCGCUCCCAGUCCCCGCCUGUUCCCCCAAAACAAACUAAGUCGCCCCCGGUCCACCAAACACCUCUGCAAGAAGAAGAAGAAGAAGACAAUAUUUACGAGGCCACGCUUCCAUUUUUCAACCCUGCUCCUAAAAAUACAGCACCUGUGUCCAAGGAACUGGAUAUUCCUCUUAUCAAGGUACUCAAACCGGCGCCUCGGUCUAAACUGUCCUACAGCACCUCAGACCCUACGUCCGAGUUUCAGAUGAAGGCCGAACCGAAAGACGUGCCGCCCGCCAUCCCGCCGAGGAUGCCGGUGAUUCCCGACAGCCACUGCCUCUCGCCGAUGCACCGAGUCGGGAUUCCUCUCCCCCAGCCCACCCUGGAGGAGUGGCGGGCCCUGCGCCCUUCCUCGCCCAGCGGCCUCCAACGAGCCAUCACUCCGCCCCUGCAGCCGCACAGACCCCCGCCACCGCCACCAAACACAGACCCCCGGAGGCUCAGCAGCGCCUCCAUGCAGUCCCUCACGAAGAGAGAAGCAGAGGAGAAUGGAGGACAUGAAGGAGAUAAAGACGACCUAAUGGAAGAACUGAACAACUCCCUCAGGAGGGAGUCUUUGUUCAGCUGGGAGUCCCGUCUGCAGGAUGAGCCUCUUUACCAAACGUACCGCGCCAGUGUCAUCAACAAGGAGAUCCGACGGCAGACCGUUUGCCGUAACAUCAGUAAGGCCAGCGUGGACUUUGCCAUGGAUCUGACGGCCCGUCGCUCCGGGGCCGGGGCCGGGGCCGGAGCAGGAAGCGGACCCCCCAGGGGCAGCCCUGUGGCCCCGCCCCAUCAGAGCACUCUGUGGCAGGACCUGCCGACAGUGAGGGACAGCGGCGUGUUGGAGACACUCACCCCCGAGCAGUGCAAGUACCAGGAGAGCAUGUUUGAGGUCCUGACGUCGGAGGCCUCGUACCUUCGAUCCCUGCGCGUCCUGAUCGAGAACUUCCGGGACAGCCGCGAGCUGGAGGACACCAUGAUCAUCCGGGACACAAAGACUCUGUUCUCCAACAUCCUGAGGGUCAGGGAGGUCAGCGAGAGGUUCCUGAAAGACCUGGAGGAGCGCAUAUUCGAGGACCUGGUCUUCCCCGACAUCUGUGACAUCAUCCACUACCACGCCCAGCACAAGUUCCCCGCCUACAUCGACUACGUCCGCAACCAGAUCUACCAAGAAAAGACCUUCACUGCUCUCAUGAAGAACAACGUGGCGUUCGCCGGCGUCAUCACUCGUCUCCAGGAGUCGCCGCAGUGCCAGCGGCUGCCCUUCAUGUCCUUCCUGCUGCUCCCCUUCCAGCGCAUAACGCGAAUCAAAAUGCUCACAGAGAACAUCCUGAAGAGGACAAAGGAGGGGACGAAAGAGGAGGAGGCGGCCUCCAAGGCUUUGGAUUCCAUGUCGAAGAUCAUCAACGAGUGCAACACUCAGGUGGGAAAGAUGAGACAGAUGGAGGAGCUGAUCCACGUCUCUCAGACGCUGGAGUUCGACAAGCUCAAGGCCAUCCCGAUCAUCUCUCAAAACCGGUUCCUGGAGAAGAAGGGCGAGCUGCAGGAGAUGUCCAAAGGUGGAACCAUUUUCAACAUGAGGGCCAAGUUCACUCCCGUCCACCUCUUCCUCUUCAACGACCUGCUCGUCAUCGCCGUCAAGAAGGGUAGUGCGGAGCGUUUUGUGGUCAUGGACCACGCCCACCGCUCUCUGGUGCAGCUGCAGCCUAUGGACGAAGGCGGGAGCGGCGGCGGCAGCAGCGGCAGCGGCAGCGGCCCCUAUGACAACUGCUUCAAUCUCACCCUGCUGGAGAACCACCAGGGGCGAAUGAUGGAGCGACUCUUCAAAGCGCCCUCCCAGUCAGACAUGCAUCGGUGGAUGGCGGCGUUCCCAAACCCCACCAAAAUGGCCACCGAUGAAGACGAAGUGAUUUAUGAAGACUGGGACUGUCCUCAGGUGCAGUGUGUGGAGCAGUACAUCGCCCAGCAGGCGGACGAGCUCACCCUGGAGCCCACUGAGAUCGUGAACAUCAUCCGCAAAACCAACGAAGGCUGGUACGAAGGCAGCCGCCUGUCAGACGGGGAGAAGGGCUGGUUCCCCGUGGGAAACGUCAUAGAGAUCACCAACGAGCACAUGCGGCGGCGAAACCUCCGAGAACGCUACAGGGUCAUUCAGGCCGCGAGCAUGGUCUCCACCACCAAGACCCGCACCCUCACUUAAAAAUGGACGUUAACGCUGUGCAAAGAUUAUUCAGGGGCUUCUAUUGGUUUUAAGUGUCACUUUCUAUCGCCCGGGAUGAGAGAGGAAAGGGCGACGUCACAAAAGACCUGCAAUCAUCUAUUUAUUUAUACUGUGUGUGUGCCUGUGCGUGUGCUUUUAAGCACCGGGGAACUUGACGUAAAUCAUUUAUCACUGAUGCUCCAAGCAACUAUGUGGUAUGUGCAUGUUUGCACUCAAUAAAGUGAGACCAGCCUCUUCCUGCGAGCGUGCACGGCAGCCCUGCACUGACCUCGGGCACGGCUGCCAAACUGCCAAACCGACAUGCUAAUCAUUCCGGCAAUAGCUCGGACAAAAAGUCAAACCUGCUGCAGAGAAAAGAGCCGGGCGUUCCCGUCAAAAAAAUAAAUACCUCACACAUGCAUACCCGAUUUGAGAUCCUCCGCAUUCCUGUCGCGCAUGACAACACGUCAGCUGUCAGCGAGUCUGAGAUGUGACGCAUUCUGUGACUGGAUAUGAAAGAAUGGAGAUUGACUGCUGGAGAAUCUAGUCAGUCAGUUCAAUUAAUCCAGAACUACAAACCCCAGACUUCUAUGAAGCACGAGAGCUUUGGGCAUGCAUGUGGCUGGUAGCUGAGCUGCAGAUGUUUUUCCAGUUUCAGGAGCUGUCCCUGUUGACGAGCACGUUAGCUUGUGCCACCGUCCGUUGUGGAGCAAUGCUGCAGCUCCACCUGCAGUGAAGAGUUUGUAUUAUUUAUGUAUUAACUGCAAAUGUACAAUAUGUUGUAAAUAAGGAGUGGGGGAUAU